AUGUUCAAACUUAUUGAUCUUAUCAAGAUUCCUCGAUUGAAUAGAAACAUUUGUACUUCGGGAAGGUUGUGGAGCGAAGAGCUUUUUGCUCACAGAGACAGUAAAGAAAACAAUCCAAAUACGCCAUUUGACUUUUCUCAAGCAAAUUUAAGGAGACUAACAGCUAUUAUUCAAAAUUAUCCCGAAGGGGCGCAGCGUUCUGCGCUUGGAGCAGCAAUGGAUAUUGUUCAAAGGCAAAUCGGAUGGAUACCCAUAUCAGCUAUGCACAAAGUGGCCGAUAUUCUCAGUAUUCCCCGUAUGAGAGUCUACGAAUGGGCUACAUUCUAUACCAUGAAUAAAAGGAGAUUCCGCGGAAAAUUCAAUGUGAAAGUUUGUAUAACAACGCCUUGUAUGCUGCGUGGAUCGGACAUCAUUUUAGCAGCUGUAGAAGAGGCAACCCGCUGUCGUGUGGGAGGUCUGUCCAGUGACAAAAUGUUCGGCGUGGAUGUCGUUCAAUGCCAGGGCGCGUGUGUUAAUGCACCCGUUCUUGUUGUAGACGACGAUUACUAUGAAGAUGUAACUGUAUGUGAUGUGAAUGAAAUUAUUCUGACUUUAAAAGAUGGAGGCAUACCACCUUGGGGUCCUCGCUCCGGUAGGACUUCCUGUGAACCAAUAACAGGACAAACGACUUUAUGUGAAUAUCCUCCCCAACCAGGCUUUGGUCUCCAACCAUCUUUAAGUGGCCGCUGCAAUUAG